AUGGACAUGGAUAUCAACACAGUGGAGGCGUUGCUCGUGCGGUCGAGCCCGACAGGGGAACACGCAGAGGUCACGGCCAACCCCCAGCAGCACAGUGCAGGUGCGCAGUGGAAUGCCAGCGAGGGAGAGGUGUGUCUCGGUGAACGUCGGGCAAGGAAAGCUGGGUGGUCGACGACAGGCGGCGUCUCCUCUGGUCGUGUGUGGACGAAACAGCAACGAGGACAGCGAGGGAGCCUGCGGAAGACUUGUGCACGAACAACCAAGCAAGACAAGCAACAGCACAGCACAGCAAGCACAGCAGACGAGAUGCUGCUCAGCGACAUGAGAUGCACACCAACAACAAGCGCAACAACAACACCAACAACAACAACCACAGCAGCCUUUCCCUCCCUCCCCCGCUUACUGCCCACCAUCCUCUUCCUUCUCCUUCUCGUCCUGCUCGCAGAACCAAUGAGAGGAGAAGUGACGUUUGUGGAGGACGAUGCGGGCGCACUGCACAUCAACACGAGCGAUCCAGCGAGCCAGCCCGUUUUGGUCAACGGGAUGAACGUGGAUGCGCUGUUCGAGACGGUGGCAACACAGCAGAGCAUGCUGCAGGAGUAUGAGCAAAACGUGCAGGAGCAGCAGACCACGAUCGACAAGCAGCAGGGCACGAUCAGCGUGAACCAAGGAAGGAUCGAUGCGCUGAGAGCUGAGGUGUGUUCCCCAAGUGCCAGCACGUUCGGAGACCUUGGCAGCUCCACAAACAAGUGGAUUGGCGGGGUAUUGGCUGGCAACGGCUUGAUCUACGCGACCCCAUUUGAUGCUGACUCAGUCCUGAUCAUCGAUCCCACCACCAACACUGUCGACACCACCACCAUCGCCGGACUUGGAGCAGCUAAAGAGAAGUGGGCCGGUGCUGUCCUCACACACGACAACCUCAUCUACAUGCUUCCCGCAGGAAACACCACGAUGCUUAUCGUUGACCCUGAGACCAACACAGCUGACACAACAAGCAUUCAGUCGCUUGGAUCUGGCAGCCACAAGUGGUACACCGGCGUUGUGACAAGCGACGGCCUCAUCUUCGCUGUUCCUUAUUCCGCCACAUCUGUGUUGGUCAUCGACCCCACCACCAACACCGCGGAUACUACCACCAUGGGUGGCCUCCCUUCCGAUGCCUACAAGUGGUACGGCGGCGUACAGGCCGCCAACGGCCUCAUCUAUUGUAUGCCAGUCCGCGCAGCCUCAGUCCUCAUCAUUGACCCGGUGGCACUCACAAUGGAUACGGGCACGCUGGCUGGCUUGGGCACGACUACCAAGUGGUGGGGUGGCGUCCUGGCUGGCAACGGCCUCAUCCACACGAUGCCAUCCUAUGCUGGAAGUAUGCUCGUCGUUGAUCCAGCCACCAAUACCACAGACACGAUCACCAUUACUGACACGACCAGCACAGCCAAAUGGGUUGGUGGUGUGCUUGCACCCAACGGCAACAUCAUAGGUAUUCCAUAUGAAUCCUCGUCCGUCCUUAUCUUCGAUCCAGCCACCAACACCAGCGACACAGCUGCCGUCAACAACCUUGUUGGAAACUCGAAAUGGUGGGAUGGCGUGCUCGCCAACAACGGCAUCAUCUACGCCAUUCCACAUUAUGCUGAGAACAUACUUGUCAUCGACCCUGGGUGUUAA